AUGAAGCUCACCAUUGGGCUCAGCGCCGCCCUCGCCAGCUUCGCUGCUGCCGCUCAGCACGCCGCCGAGGUCUACAUUCUGCCCGCGCCCGAAUCCGCGUCGUCGACGUCCAUCUCCCCGAGCACCGCCCGCUUGAUCCUGCUUCAGCGUCUUGCCUCCAACGGCAAGGGUCCAUCGUUCAGCGAUGUCCCCGAUGACUCUGAUCCCGAGGAUCUCAUGUCCUUGAUGAACACGUUCGCAAAGGAGUCUUUCCAAUUGUUUGCCGAUGAAGAACGCGUGUUCCCAAACCAGCUGGUGGUCAUGUUGGAGGGGAUGACGGACGCCCAGUUCAAGGAGAUAGGUAUCGCGCUCGAAGCGCAGCCCGCUUUCACCAUCCCGAACCCGCCCUCGGCAGAUGCGCACGAGACACUGGUCAAGAACGACUUCUACAACGUUGGAAUUACAAACGCGCACAAGUGCUCCCUGGACCAGGUCAUCAACCCCCUUGAGGAGACCUGCUGGAGUGGCAAGUCCACUGUCGCCAAGUACGACGUGUCAAAGGACUCUAAGAUUCUUAACAACUUGAUUGAUAAGAUCUCGAAGCUCACGAAGCUCGCCGCGUCCGGCAAAAUGGAGACCACCUUGGUUCUUCUUCCCUCCUCCGAGUCGACCAGCCCGAAACAGUGGUCCGACAAGUCACAGGAGCUUCGACGCCGACAGGAAGAGGCUGUCAUCUCUUCAGACGCCACUGAGUCUGCCCAGACUUCCGCUGUUAGCAACUCCCCUGCCUUCUUCACCUCGACCGGCACUAUUCCUUCGUGCUUCAGCUCCUUGGACAGCUGCUCUACCGGCACUGGGAACUGCUCUGGCCGCGGUUCGUGCUUGAACAAGCAUGCCAAACCGGACGGUUCCGACGGCAAGGAGGCGUGCUAUACUUGCCACUGUCUCAGCACCGUCAGCAAACAGGGCAGCGUGAUCCACUGGGCCGGCCCUGCUUGUACGAAGGAGGACAUUAGCGUUCAGUUCUGGCUGUUUGCUGGAUUCACCAUUGUCAUGGUUGGCGUUCUGACCCUCGGUAUCGGAAUGCUCUUCAGUGUCGGUGAGGAGAAGCUUCCUGGCGUCAUUGGUGCCGGAGUUUCGAGGUCCAAGGAGGAUAGGAUGUGGGAAGCGUAUAAGCCGACUGCCUGGUUCCAACACCAUAUAACCCAGGGCGGCAUACUGUGCAAUUCAGUGAUUUUGAGUACUCCCUGUCUCGUGUACGUCAUCGCGGAUGGCUCAUCGAUGCUGUCAAGUGCCGACCGGCCCAAGCCAGCGACGGCUAAAUGGGGCGCUGCCUGCCAACAGUGCUCGAUAGCGAAAGCGAAGUGCAUCAGGUCGAACACAGCUCCUUGGGCCAAAUGUGACAGAUGCGAGAGAUUGGUCAAGCAUUGCGCCGAACAAGUCCAUCGUCCACGAAAAAAGAGACAACCAAAGCCUUCGAGAACGGCUCAAAUCGAAGAGAGACUCAAUGGCCUUGUCAAUCUACUCAAGGCGUCAGGAGGAUUGACAAAUGCCGAUCUGGCUACGGACACCACAUGCAUUCCCACUGAAGCAGACCCAGCUGUUUCCAACCAGCAGACUCCUUCAAAACGCCCUGAAGCAUCCUUUGCUCCCAGCGACAACCCCUGGGCCAUCCCGGAGAUCUACAACUCGUACGCUCCGCCAUCAUGCAUUUGCCGGCCAGAAAGCGGGGAUGCACCCCCACCUCCAGACUCUGAUGAGGUGCUACUCAACAUAUACCGAGACGAGUUACAGGCACUUCACCCUUUCGUAGUGAUACCCAACAAUGUCACUGCCGCGAAACUUAAAGCUCAUAGGCCGUUCCUCAUGUCGGCUAUCCGAAUGGUCACGUCAUUUCGAAGCCUCAGAUCCAUGCGAGCCCAGAUGUAUUAUCUGAUGCAACACAUCGCCGACCAUAUGCUCAUCCGCUCGGAGCGAUCGCUGGAUUUAUUAAUGGGAAUUCUCGUCAUAGCUGCGUGGUAUCAAUACCACUGCUUCAUGCAUGCUCAAUUAAACAACCUCAUAGCUUUGGCUGCGACUCUUGUUGGAGAAUUGGGCUUGCAUCGCAGUCCAAGUCUUCUCGAGCGGACUAAUCUCAUGGUUGUGAAACCAUUCUAUCCAGAAAGAAGGACCAACGAAGAGAGGCGAGCGCUUCUUGGGGUCUGGUUCUUAUCAUCAGCAAUGUCUCUGGGAUUCUCAAGAAUUGAGUCGAUGAGAUAUACCAAGUAUAUUCAAGAAUGUGUCCAGGUGCUCGAAGACGAGCAUGAAUACGAAACGGAUGUGAAUCUCGUACAUCUAGUCCGCAUACAACACCUGACAGAACGUAUUUCCCUGCUCAAUUCUCCAGAUAGCCCAGCAGAAGAGGUUGUCGGCGUCCCUACAGCUCCCAUGUCGGCCUACGUUUCAGCAUUUCAGGGCGAGCUUGAUCGGAUUCGAAAUUCCCUACCUGCGAAUCUAAAGAGUGAUACACUUCGCCUUUACGAACCCCCGGUACUCGAUACCCCUCGAAUCAUCUCCAUGUCCGAGUCUCUCACUUCUCCCACGCUAGGAGCUGCCUCUGCUCUCGACAUUUUUUACCAAUCGAGAAAUGCGCUUAACCAAUUCUUUGACAACUGGCUUUCGAUCCCAGUCUCUGAAUAUUACCGCCAGACUACCCCAAUCGCUGCUCAACUUGUGUACGGACUUACCAUGCUCGGUCGGUGGGCCAAGUUCACCGUACCUAUCACGUUGAAUCAACAACCACAGACGCCAAUGCCAGUUGACACAAGCGAAAAUAACCCGAAUCGGAAUAUGUUCAAGGCCGAUUCAGAGUACGCUGCCAGUCUACAAUCGGGGAACCCGACACCCUCGGAACCAAGCCCGAGCUCUCGUGACAAGGAUUCGCAGGAAGUCGGACAGAUCGUCCUUCGUGAAGGAACGGAUCCAAGAUUACCAGGUGCAGUGGCGGCGCUUCGAUCGCAGAUCCAGACUCAGCCCGGACUCUCCCUGGACGUGUCUGGAUUUCUCACAGGAAUCUGCUCACGAUUCGAAGAAGCCAACGCGAGGUUCCAGGUCGGCCCGGCGGAGCCUGGGGCGUUAGAUCACACUCUGUGGACUAUGAGCGCUGUCAAAGUCCGGAUCACUCGGGCAAAACUUGAACGAUGGGCCGAGAUUGUUGCAGCUGGGACAGAGGCGCUCAAGCUUCAAGACGACCACGAGCGAGACACUAACAUGGAGGAUAGUGAGAGUGUCGAUACUAGCAAGUCUAGCAUUGAUGGGUCUGAGCCGUUCCUCAAUAACAACGGUGACUUGGCUGCGGAUUCAAUGCAACCCAACUGGAACGCGACAACGCCAUGGACCAGUGAGAUGCUCCAAGGAGUCGACCCUUCCAUAUGGUUUGAUGGUUACUUGGAUUGGGGCGCAGUGAUCAUGAACUCAAUGGGAAAUCUAGAACAAUAG